GAGAGAGAGAGAGAGAGAGAGAGAAGGAGGAGCAGCGCUUUUCCUUCUGCAAACCGAACACCAACUGGGGCAUCCUGAACACAGCGCACCAACAAGCAACACAUCGACGUCCUGCUCUGUAUUUUUUAAUUAUUUACUUAUUUUUUUAAAUAUUUCCAGCUCUUUAUCUCCGGUGUGUGAAGGAGUCCGGAUCUCAGAGAAUAAAACGCAGGUGCGUCUCCUGAUUUGCUGAUCUGCGCCUCGUUUGAUGGUCUGGUUUCGGUCCAGGAGCCUGUGAUAAAGGGAAAAAAAAGAUGCAGCUUCUACCUGACAGAUGUGCGGCACCACAGCUGCUACCUACAGAUCUGCUGUGCUGUGCUGUUUGGGACUGAGACUCCUACAGCUGCAGUUCUCAUCGUCAUCAUCAUCGUCGUCAUCAUCAUCAACAACAACAUCUGCAACUUCAAACACAGAGACACAGAGGACAGAGGCUGACGUCUGGCUCUUCAAAGUCCCCACAGAAGAUGAGCGGUUCUGAUGAAAGCAGCAUGAGAUAAUUGGGGAAUACCUCGCUGAUUCAAGCUCUUUUAAUUCUUUUAUUUAUUUAUUUUUUCUGUUUGAGGGACUGAUAAGGACAAUGUCCCCGUGUGUCAGUUGACUGACAGAGUCACAGUGGUGUUCCAGCUAAGCCAGCAGCUCAGGCCCUUAGGCACCACGAAGGGAGAUGGCUCGGCCGGGAUCGGGGCUGCUGGUGCCCAUGAACGGGCUGGGGUACCCGCCUCAGAACCUGGCCAGGGUGGUGGUGUGGGAGUGGCUGAAUGAGCACGGGCGCUGGAGGCCGUACAGCGCGGCGGUUUGCCACCACAUCGAGAACGUACUGAAGGGGGACGCCCGGGGAAGCGUGGUCCUGGGCCAGGUGGACGGUCAGCUCUCUCCUUACAUCGUCGACCUGCAGUCCAUGCACCAGUUUCGACAGGACACAGGCACCAUGAGACCAGUGCAGAGGAACUUCUACGAGCCCUCGUCUGCCCCAGGGAAAGGUGUGGUGUGGGAGUGGGAGAACGACAACGGCUCCUGGACGCCGUACGACAUGGAGAUCUGCGUGACAAUCCAGAACGCCUACGAGAAGCAGCACCCCUGGCUGGACCUGACCUCUCUGGGCUUCUGCUACCUCAUCGACUUCAACAGCAUGUCGCAGACCAACAGGCAGAGUCAGCGCAAGCGGCGCCUGCGGAGACGUAUGGAUCUGGCCUACCCGCUCAUCAUGGGCUCCAUUCCCAAGUCACAGUCGUGGCCUGUGGGCGCCAGCUCGGGUCAGCCCUGCUCCUGCCAGCAGUGCAUCCUGGUCAACAGCACGAGAGCCGCUUCCAACGCUAUCCUGGCCUCUCAGCGGCGCAAGCUCUACGGAGUGGCCGCCGGCAACUCAGGGGUGACGGGCACCCUCACCACAGUGCGGCAGAGCAACACCUUCGCCGGGACCUCUCUGUGGUCUCCGACGUCCGCCUCCUCCGGCGCCAACAACAAUAACAUCAGCGUGGGAGGUGGGCAGUCUAAAGCCGAGCAGGCGCAGUCCCCGCUGUCUUCUGCCAACUUCCCCUGCUCUCCUGUGAUGCCAUCGCUUUCAUCCUCCCAUGGUCACCACGCUCUCACGAUCAACGGGCAAAACAACCUGAACCGACCAGGCACCCAGCGUAUCUCAAUGGGAACCACCCGAGGAGCUAUUCCACCUGGUGUUCCUGCUCUCCCCGUGAAGAAUCUGACUGGCUCAGGACCAGUACAUCCAGCACUUGCAGGUAUGACAGGUAUCCUGAUGUGCGCUGCAGGUCUGCCAGUUUGCCUGACUCGAGCUCCAAAGCCCAUCCUACACCCACCCCCGAUCAACAAGAGCGACAUGAAGCCUGUGCCGGGGAUCAACGGCAUGCGCCGCAAAACCAAAAAGAAGCACCUCAAGAGAGGAAAAAACCCUGAUGAUGUGGUGCGGAGAUACACGGAGAAGAUCAAAGUGGCUCCAGACGAGGACUGUACCAUCUGCAUGGAGAGGCUUGUAAUGUCGUCGGGCUACGAAGGCGUCCUGCAGCAGAAAGGCAUCAAGCCAGAACUGGUGGGCAAACUUGGCAAAUGUGGUCACAUGUACCAUCUGCUGUGCCUGGUGGCCAUGUACAACAAUGGCAAUAAGGACGGCAGCCUCCAGUGUCCAACAUGUAAAACCAUCUAUGGGGAGAAAACUGGCACUCAGCCCCCGGGGAAGAUGGAGUACCACGUUAUCCCCCACUCCCUGCCCGGGUACCCUGACUCCAAAACCAUCCGCAUCGUUUACGACAUUCCUGCGGGAAUCCAGACCAAUGAGCAUCCCAACCCCGGGAAGAAGUUCAGUGCGAGAGGGUUCCCUCGACACUGCUACCUGCCUGACAACGAGAAAGGCAGAAAGGUCCUGAAGCUGCUAAUCAUGGCCUGGGACCGCCGACUCAUCUUCACCAUCGGCACAUCCAGCACCACCGGCGAGUCGGACACGGUGGUGUGGAACGAGAUUCACCACAAGACCGAGUUCGGCUCCAACCUGACCGGCCACGGCUACCCUGACCCCAACUACUUGGACAAUGUGUUGACAGAGCUGUCGGCUCAGGGGGUCGGCGAGGACAACCUGAAGGACAACUCUUAAACUUCACACAAUCUAACACGUCCUUCACCAGUCGUGGAACGAGAGCAAUAGAAGCAGAUAAAGAGAAAAAAAGACUUUCACGUUGGAUCUUCACGCAGCUGUCUCCUGAUCCAUGCCUCGAGCAUGACGUCGCAUCUGUGGUAGGGUCUCCCAUAAGACCGAGGAUACCAGAACAUUUUUAUAUCUCUGCUGAAAGCUGCAAGUUAAUUAUAUUUAACCUCUUGUAGAUUUAAACCGACGCUGUUCUCCUGCACUUGGAGUUGAAUCGCACAGGGGCCAAAUCAUACGUAACUAUAAAGGCUAAGCUGUCGAAUGCAUGGCCCCGACCAACGCUGCAUCAUGAAUGUCCAGCAAAUCUCAGCAAUAGAGGGGGGUUUCAGUAGUUCAGUUGUUGUUUGAUAGACGACUCAUGUAAGAAGUAUAUCAGCUUUAAAAAGGGAUUCCAAGUGGUUUUAUUACAUGCGUUCCCCUUUUACUUUUACAAUAAUCUCACUGAUGUGUUACAGGUAGUUUAAGCUGCUUAUGCAUUUUUUUAAAGAGAAGAUUCAGGCUUUGAUGAUGUCUUUUAAGGUUAACCUUCGAUACAACUCGAUUAAUCAGUGAAAGUGAAGCUGGGCUUUGGGAGAAAAUGUGUUUUCCCUGAUUACCUUCGUGUACCAUUUGUGAGAAGAUGGGCGCAGUGAGGCUUAACGAGCGACCUCUCGCAGCGGCGACAUGAGACGUUGAGCUCAUGAGGCAGGAUUUGCGCCCGUGCUACAACUCAUUUGUUCUGUCAGCGCAUUGAUGAGGCUGGGAGUCUCUGUGAAUGUAAAGCCUGCAUUAUGACUCUCCGUGUCGGAGCGGCAGCCAGCUCCAUCCAUCAUGCUGACCACAGAGUGGGUGUGUGCUUGCUCUGAGGCUUUUUUGUUUUGCUUCCUUCUCUGCUCGCUUUAAGUCCUUAAGAAGAGCGACGGAGUGCUGGGGGGAGGGGAGGGGGGGGCUGUGUUCCUGUUUGCCUGUUUAAUCUUUAAACCGGGUCCAGCCUGAAACAUCUUGUUUCCUGAGCGAUCCUUCUGUAUUGCUUCGACCCCAUUUCCCCUGCUCCCCCUGCUGCAGAAAGCUUCAUUUAAGGAGGCAUGCAAAUUCUGCUUUAGUAUCUUUUUUUCUGACCACAUCCUCCUCUUUCUGCUCAGAUUUCAUGCCCGUUAGCUAAAUAUUCUUAAGUUCCUUGUAAUGUUUCUUUACUCUGAGAAUAAAGGCAAACUAAUGGUGCAGAGAA